AGUGCACAAGGUCAAUGCCAUAUGCACCGACUCUGCACAGGUGAACAUAUCCGCAAGGAAAAUACUAGCUGAGCCCGACGACCCAGCAAUCGGGAGCAUUCCUUCAGUGAUCGUGCAUGCCAUGUGUGUAGCCUGCUCAUGUGCGACAUCGCUUCAGUGCCAUGGAUUGGAGAGGUAAUUCUGCAGGGCAGGGAGAUAACCACCUUCAUCAAGAGACAUCAGAAGGCUUUGGCGAUGUUCAGGAGGGCUGGGAGGGAUUCGACGUUGGAGUUGAUCCAACGAGGGGAAACGAGACUCGGCACAAACUUCCUCAUGUUGCAGAGACUUCGGUAGGAGACAGAGUUGCUGGCGACUGUAUCCCAUGCGCGGUGGGGCGACUCCCAAUGAGACCGGACUACAUCGACAAGGGCGCGAGCAUGCAAGGAUCUCAGACGAGACCCGGCUUGGUGGUUAGCCGUCGAGAGGCAUGCAAUUUGCUUCAGCCCGUUUUCGCAUUGAUGAAGGACAUGGACAGAAACGGGAGGAUGGGGAUGCAGAUGCUUGUCGUCAUCCAUUGGAACAAGAAGUUGCUGAAGAUAUUGAAGACCAAGAUCGGGUUUGUUAACACCAAGCGACUGGAGUGGGAGACACCAGAGGACUUCGCUCCCUAUGAUGGUUUCAUGCAAGACAUCAAGUACGACCAGGAGGAAGCGAAGAGGAGGGCCGCAAACUGGUGCAAAUCUCGCGGCCAUCAUGACCGUGGGACGACCGUUGUUGAUGUUGAUGACGAAGAGCUUAGCCAUGACAGCGUGGAAGAUGACGAGUUGGUUCGAGUGAAAAUCGUUGACAAGCGGUCGACUAGGAGGUCGGGAGGUGGCUCAUCUUCUUCCUCCCAGCGCGACGACAUCACAAAGCCAGAGGUCCUUGCAUCUGGCAGACGCUCGGCGGGCACUUCAGCCUUGUUCACCGCUGAGGAGGGUGUUCGUUCGCGACGCCGGACUUCCAUAUUAGGUGGUGCAGCUUUGCUGCAGGGGACGGCCCCACAAUCGGGAGCACAGCUCACCCAUCAUCGACGACUCACACUCGAGGAGAUACGUCUCUUGGUACAGAGUCUUGCUCCAGUGGAAGCAGAUGCGUUAAUCGGUGUGCGUGGGGAUGAUCUGGUCGGUGAGCGUCGUGGGGAUGAUCCGAUCGGUGCCACUGCUGCACAUGAUGAUGGUGUUGUUGGUGCAGACACGGAGACGGACGAUGGUCCCAUUGCGAGUGGCGAUGUGUUCUCCACUCCGGAUCCGGGGUUGCGAUUGGGGGAGAGAUUUGCCUCCCUGUUGCCGUAUGUGAACCCUAUUGCCCUGCGUGGCUCUGCACAAGACUUCGGUAAGCACCUGGCUUCGAUGUCCCCAGUGCGGACUGAUAACAAGUCUAACACCCCUGAUUGGGCCAGAUUCACCGAACCCACCACGCCCACACGACGGUUGAACGAGGACAUUCAGCUGGUCGCUGGGGAGCGCACACAUACCCAGGUUGACAGGAGGACCCCACCAGUCCAGGAUGGUGGAACGACCCCACCACAUGACAUGAAUGCACGGAGUGGAACGGUAUCACCGCCCCACAUUGACAAGAGCAAGGUGCGCCAACUGAAGAGUUUGGCGGGCAGAAAGAAGGGAGGGAAAAAAAGGAAAGGGAGGCAGCGGCAGGCACGACGAGAGAUGGAAGAAGGAACGUACGCAAGACUGUCACGCCGCCCAAGACCUUGGAAGAAAAGAGUGCUGUUGUUCGACAGGCGACGAGGAAGAAGGCUCAACAAGUGCAAAAGAAAGUCGCGGCAGCAAAUCGAUUUCCGAAACACAGGCCGCAGAAGAAGACGAGACUGUGCAAGAGGACGAUGAAUCGAGUAGCAGCAGCUCUUUGCCUUCAACGCCUUCGUCCAGAUCGGGGUCGACAUCGUCGUCAACUGACAAGAGUAGCAGCAGUGAAUGAAAGUGUGUUGUUCAU